AUGCAGCAGCUGCUGAGCAAACUGGGGCCUCUCCAGCGCUUCUUCAUCAUCAGCAGCAGCAGCAAAUCUUGUCUCUGCAGCAGCGACUGCAGCGGCGGCUCCUGCAGCGGCAGCAGCAGCGCAGCAGCAGCACCACCCCACCGCAGCCUGAAGGUCUUCCCGCUGGUCCUCUGGGCCUUCACAGCCACUUCUAGGCGCGCAGCAGCAGCCGAGCAGGUCAUUGCGUUGUCUGCUGCAGCAGACUUCAAGGGCAGCGCCCACGGGUGCAGCAGCAGCAGCAGCAGCAGCGACGGUUCCGGGCCGUUCUUGCUGAUCGCGCAGCCGCUGCAGCGGCUGCGGCUAUCCCGCUGCUGCGCAGCAGCCCCAGCUUCUCUCCGGCGGCCUCAAGAGCCGCAGCAGGCCGCCGCCGUCCCUGCAGCUGCAGCAGCAGCAGCAGCAGCAAUGAGUUUGCUGCGGCUGUCUGUCCCGCUGCGGGGCCUCCAGAAGCAAUCCAUGGUCCGCUGCUGCGAUGGCUCGGGGGCCCUCAAGGCCUGCAUUAUAGGCCUGGGCAAUUAUAGGCACGGGGGGGGGGCCCCCGGGGCUCGGGUGCGUUUGUCUGUGCGGGACCGGCAGCAGCAGCAGCAGCAGCAGCAGCAGCAGAAGAUGCCCCUCGGCCUCAUUGUCCGCUCCAAAAAGGAGAAAAGAAGGAAAGAUGGCUCUUAUAUUUCCUUCGGAGACAAUGCAUGCAUUCUCAUUGCCAAAAACAAACUGCAGCAGGGGCCCAUCAAGGGGCCCCUCCCCUUCGACAUUUCCCACAACUCCAAACUCCUGGCAGAGGUCAUCCUCUAG